AUGGCUCACGACUCCCUCCCCUCACUCCGCAUGCCAUCAAAUCGUGGACAAGGGGAUCUCGCAUCUGGUUCGCUAGGCGCAACAGAGUUGGAGAUAAUGGCCGCGCGCCCGCACCCCUCAUCUGCAGUCGAACUAAACCUGUUUACAGACAGCUUGGAUGGCAAAUCGGAUGAUCGGCAAUACUGGUCAGAUGAGAAGAAUGAACUGCGGGGACUAGACUAUGGAACAUUUUGUUCCAAAAACGAUGUUUGCCAUGUCCACCUUUCCGCUGCAGAUCUGCAAAUCCUACGACUGUAG